GCAUCGUGAGCGGAGCGCGGAGCCAUGAGAAAGAGAGAGAGAGAGAGACACAACAUGUAAACGCCGUCUGCUACCGUUAGGACUCAUGUGGCAUGCAGCAUGAUCGACAUCAAAACAGAGUUUCCCUACUAACUUAACCUCUCGCGAAUAAUACGCAGAUGAGGCUGAAGGGCGAAAGGACUAGUUCGCUGCUCGAAUAGUGGCUGGCGCUCGCCAAGCUGCGCUAGGUCGUCCGACAUGGAAGAAACAGAUACUAAUAAAACUAACCAGGUUUCGGAUUCAGCAUAUUCUACAAGCUGUAAUAGUAGAUCCCAAAGAAGUAGUGGCAGUUCGAAAUCUCGUAACAGUGGAUCCAGCAAUAGCAGUGGCUAUGGAGGCCAUGCAUCCACUUUAGGCAGUGUAACUGAGUUUACUCAACCUGCCACAAAACGAAACAAGGAUAAGAAAAAGAAAGGUUCUCGGACAAGCUCUACACUACCUGCCCCUACUAUUGAAAGAUCAAAGGAAGAUGAGGAAUCUACUUGUAUUGUAGGUAAAGUCCCUGAAAUUCAACCAGAAGAAGCAGGGUCUGAUAAUAAUGGGAAUGCGUCUAGUCUUGGGCUGGGCCCUGAAUUGGUAUUUGGUGGAAUUGCAUCGCCUCAUGAUAAUGAGGCUCUCCAAAUUGCUGCCAUCAAUCAAACACUCAGCUUUAUCCAAAAGCUUAAGAGUUCCACAGAGGAACCAACUAUAUCAUCUGAAACUGUAGAGGAGAGAGAAGAAGAAGUCCCUCCUUCCACUUCAACUACUUUUCCACCGACCCCUGAAAAGACUAGCCGAACAAAGGAAGAAUUUACUGCAAUUAUUUCAAUGAGUGAUGGCAUUGUGAAGCAUACCUCUACUGGGAUUGUUGAUGUCCUUGGUUUCCCUAUUGAUAUGUGGGUAGGGAGGUCUAUUACUGAUUUUGUUCAAUCCAAAGAUCGAGCUGCAUUUGCUUCACACAUUACCUCUGGAGUGGCAAGUCCGCUUACCCAGGUAGACAAAGAUUGUGGGCGCAGGUCACCAUUUUUCUGUUGCUUACGCUGUUAUCGAGGUUUGAAAAGAAGUGGAUUUGGUGUCAAAGACAAGGCUGUUCAAUAUCGACCUUGUCAACUCAUGUUGACGUUCCGAGAGCAUCUGAAUGGGUUCCCUCUGCCAGAAGAACCUAAUUUCGAUCAUGGUGAUACAGUAUCAAACGCUGCUACUUCAAGUGGUGCAGGGAGAGAGCAGCCUCACAUAUACCUGGUGGUUACAGUCAAUCCUAUCAGCUCGGCAUAUACCUAUCCAGAAGAAACUCAGGUUCUUCCCAAAUUUGCUACUCGCCUGUUGGCUUCAACUCACCUUAGUGAGGUGGACCCAGAAUGUGUUCCAUAUCUUGGAUUCUUACCUCAAGAUAUGUUAGGUCGGUCUGUUCUAGAAUUUUAUCAUCCUGAAGAUAUGCCCUUCAUGAAAGAUGUUUAUGAAGCAGUUAUCAAAGAGCAAGGGAUACCAUUUUUGAGCAAACCAUAUCGGUUUCGUACUCAAAAUGGUGGAUAUGUUCUGAUGGAAACAGAAUGGUCAAGUUUUAGUAAUCCUUGGUCUCGUAAGCUAGAAUUCAUCAUUGCACAACACAGGGUACUAAAGGGACCGCCAAACCCAGAUGUCUUUGCAGCACCCCCUGAAGGUGAUACUUCUGCACAAAUGUCAGAGGAAGUCAUGAAAGAAAGUAAAGUGAUUCAAGAAGAAAUUCAAAACAUGCUAAAUGAGGCCAUGUCUAAUACAACCGAUAAUUCCAAGAAAAGAAACCUGUCGAAGAGGUGCAAAGUACUUGCCUCAUUUAUGGAUUCAAUGCUAGAAGAAAAAAAGAAGCCUGAUUUACGCUUGGAAGUGCCACCUGAGGAACAAAGCUUUUCAGAACAGGAACGAGAUUCUGUCAUGCUAGGGGAAAUAUCACCCCACCAUGAAUACUAUGACAGCAAGUCAUCCUCAGAGACUCCACCAAGCUACAACCAACUCAAUUACAACGACAACAUACAGAGGCAAGGGUACGAAUUGUGUGCUAGUAAAAAAAAUGGUCGCUUGAACUCUUUAUCCCAGAUUUAUUGGCAGAGUAUUUCACAUGUGUUGGUUGCUUUACUUUUGUUUCUGGCAAGGUUUUUCGAGAGCAAACCAAAGACUACAAGAUCAGAUGAGUUGAGUAAAGAAAAAAGUGGAUCCCCUGGAAAAAAUUCACCAGAGCAAGACUCCAGCCUUGGAUCUGGGGACAGCGGAAGUGGUGGAGGAAGUGGGGAAAUGACUGGUAGCCAUGACAGUGCUACGUCAUCAUCUCACAAUUCUUAUCUGCAGCCAAUGCUGACAGAAGCCCUCCUUACAAGGCAUAAUGAGAAUAUGGAAAAGCGCCUUGUUCAGAGACACCGAGAGCAGCGAAGUAAGGGGGAUAAACGAGACAAGUACCAUAAAGCUAUUCCUGGUGCUCAUGCUAAUCAUGGUGUGAAGCGUAUAGGAUCCCAGUCUUGGGAAAACGAUUCCUUCAAGGGAAGCAAGCACUUGCACGUUGAAAACCAGGGUGGAGCACAAACAGGCCAGCCCCCCAACCCUGGGACAGCAGCUCCUGUGCCAGUGACUGAUGCCAGUGUAGCUAGCAUAGCUAACAUAGCACCUGUUGUGGUGACAAGCUGUGCAGCCACUACAACUGGCAAUACUUCUACGACCACCAUUCCACCCGCUCUCACAACGAGUAUCCCAUCAAUGUACCAGAACUCAACAAAUUCUGUUUGGCCUCCUUUUUCUGUCACCGUAACACCACUGCCAUCAUCCCAAGUAGUCGGGCCUUUUAACUCUUAUCCACUUGUGGGUGGCACUCAUCCACACAUGAUGCCAAUGUACUACAUGGGAUUAGGACCUCAAGAGCAUCCUGGCCCACCUCAUAUUGCUACUAGAAAUCCCUUCCUUCCAGCUCAAGCUUACAUGCCAACAGCACCGAGCCCACACCUUCAGCUAGUUUACCAGCCUCUUCCUCAGUCUCUCUUAUACUCCCCAUUAUCCAUGCUUCAUCCUGCACCCACCAUGUUGCCUACAUCCCUGUUUCCACCUGGUGCAUGCCUACCUACUGAGCCUACGCAGUCCAAUCAGUCACAAUCCCAAGCUCAAGCCUCGACUCGAUCUGUGGUGGGCCAAACGUCCCAACACGGUCAACAGCAACAACCGUUACAGCCAAACCAGCUGCUGCAGUCUCAACAACAGCAACUUCAACAGCAGCAACAGCAGCACAUAUUUCAGCAACAAAACCAACAACCCCAGAAACCCACAAAUGCUGAGAGUGGAAGUUGUCACAUGCAAUGUAAGUUUCAGCGGCCCCCUUCUCAAGCUACAUCAGUCAAAGCUGAACCAGGUUCAGCUCUUGGUAGUGUUGCGUCGGCUUCUCGAAGGGCUUUAUCAGUAUCAUCUAACAAAAAUAAAUCGUUAUCUCCUUGUGACAAUUUGAGUCCUGAUGAGGACAAAGUUAUGGAAGACAGUAAUCAGUGCAGUGAGCAGCGUGGGGAUGAAGGCAGCUAUUAUUCCUCUUUGUGUUCAUAUUUAUGUACAGAUAUAAAUUCUGAUGAGAGUAUGAGAAGUUGCAAAGAUGCUAGACAUGAAGAAGGCUGUAGUUGCUGGUCUCAGAAUGAAAGUAUAAGCAGUGAUAGCAAUGUUGCAUCUUCUAAACCUAGACCUGUAAGAUCUGGUCCACCUCCUUGGAUGGAGGGUGUCUCAAUGACAACAGAUGUGAUUUAUGGGUAUCAGCUGGAUAAGAAAGAAUUAGAUGAUGUCCUAUCUUCAGAUCUAUUGGCACUUGCCAAAAUUGAACAACCAGCAUUGGUUAAUGAACAGCUAAACCAAUUGUAUCAGGAUCUGACAAUUGAAGGUGCAUCUCCUCACCUGGCAUUAGAGGAGGGCAUUAUUUCCUCAAGUGGAAGUAGUAGUGAAGAAAUGCAAUCAACAUCACAAAAAAUUAUUAAGACAAAGAAGAAACGUCGGUCUCUGGAGUAUGGACGUUUGAUUAUGAUCUUUGAAGAGGAUGCUCCGAUGCCACCCCCCAUCAGUACAGUCGCUACAGUGGCCUCUUGACCUGUAUUUCAGUAGUUUGGAGGCUGUGCCUUUUCAUUCACCACAUGUGUCUUUUCCCUCGUAUAUUAAGAACAAACAGUGUUCAUGACUGGUUUCAUUUAAACCUUGAAAUUCUUCUGAUGUACAAUUCUAAUGCUGAAUCAAAUGGUAAAAUAGUUUGCUCUCUUUUUGCAGGGAAAUAAAUUAUUACCUGUAUUUUGCUGGAUUUGCUGACAAAAAGAGUUAACAUUAGGAAUUAGGAUGAAUAUUUCAAAAAAGAAUGUAUUUUAGCUUUCCCUCAACACAGGGUGCGGUGGUUUCCAGAGAUCUUUAUUUGUUUCUGCAUGGAGCGCCUUUUCUACUUUAACUUUGUACUCAAGAUUUUAUCCUUUGUUGCAUUGUAGUCCAUGAAUUUUGUGUUUCCUAUCACAGUCUAUUAAGGCUUUUUAAAUCAUUUCUACUCCUAUAUUUGUAACUAUUAUCCAAAUUUACGAAGAAUUACUGUUUGAAAUUAUAUUUAUCCAAUUUUGUUACUAUGAAAUCAAAACUUUUAGUUGAAGCAUAUCUUAAAUUUAUAUUUGUGGAUUGUGACCUCUUAAUUUUGCUUGAAAUACAUUCCUUGUAGAGUUUGUAGUUAUUGUGAUCAGUAUUUUAUUAUUUUGUACAGAUAUUUAAUAUUUUUUCCGUAGCCUAAGUAAAAUAUGGAUGCAACUUUCAACUACUUCAUUAAAGAAAUGUGAAAUGCAUAUUA